AUGGGCCGCAACUACAACACCAAGAACUUCACCUUCCGUGAUGUCCACGUUGACGGUGCUCGCCGUCUCGCUGAGUAUGCCACAGAAGCCGGUGCCGCUCGCUUUAUCCACGUCUCGCAUCUUUGCGCUAGCCUUGACUCGCCGAGUGACUUUCUGCGCACUAAGGCCAUGGGUGAGGAUGUCGUGCGCAAGGCGUUUCCUGGUGCUACGAUUGUCCGCCCCGCCUCAAUCUAUGGUGAAGAGGAUCGCUUCCUGAACAAGAUGGCUUCGUGGCCUAUUACGUGGAAGAUGAACCAUGGUCGGACGAAGCUCACUCCCGUGCACUCACUUGAUGUGGCGCAGGCCCUGCUGACGAUCGCUCAAAACGACAACAUCGCUUUGGGUGAGACCUUCUCCCUCUACGGUCCCAAGACGUACACGGUUCGUGAGCUUCUCCAGAUUGUCGAGAACAUCACCUACCAAAAGAUUGUCUCUCCCGAAGUGAAUGUCCCUCGCCCCGUGUUCUCGGCGCUGGCCAAGAUUGGUGAGAAGAUUGCAUGGUGGCCUAUGUUCAACGCUGACGAGGUUACGCGUCGCUUCAUCGAUGAGGUGCCCGCGCCCAACACGAAAGGCUUCGCUGACCUUGGUAUUACCCCUGAUGUGCUGGAGGAUGUGGCCAUUAGGUACCUCCGCCGCUUCCGCUCGCACCUGCGCUACGAGCAGCCCAUCGACAAUGCCCAUUCGGGUGCGGUCAAGCUGCGGAAGCAGCCUUUCCGUGUAGUCGAGUAA